ACUGUCAACAUGCCGAAACGACCGAAUCCUUUCUCUGGUGAAUUUUGUCCCUUUCAACUGAAAACAUUUGUGACUCAACGAGUAGUGAAUAUGGGAGUCAACAAGGAAGCCAAUAUGAAAGUGGUUUAUGAUCGUACAUUACAGCUUCUGAGAGAUGGCCAGAAAACCAUGGCUGCCCAAGAUCAUCAAGGUCAGGAGGUGCAGAUGGCCGAGGACUUCCUGGUGCAGAAUAAUAACGAGUUGAAGACUGAUACAGCUAGUCCAAGCCCUCCAUCUUGCCACAACGAUCAGUUUAGAUUUAGCUCAUCUGGACAGCUAGUUUACAGUAAUUCUCCCCUCAAGAAAGCAAACCAGCAAGAUUGUUCAAAGGUGAUGUGUGCAGUUUGUCGGAAUCCUGGCAUGCCGGUCCACUAUGUUUGUGCCUACUGUGAGAAGAAUCUAUGCUAUGGAUGCAGACAAAUAUGUGUCAACUGUGAGAGUGGGUUCUGCACAAGUUGCUCAACAAUCAAUUAUGAUGAGAGAUGUGACAGGGUGUUCUGCAUGAAUUGCUCAUCCUGAGGAUGUGGGUAUAUAAACCUCGAUGCUGUGAAAUCAGAUCGACUCCGGUUUCUACCAGGAACUGAGCAUGUCACAAAAGAGGAAGUGCUGCCGCAACAACACCCCUGUUUAAUGACUGAAUAACAGGAGCCCUUUGCUAUUUGCUCUAUAAACAAUCAAAUUAGUUGCAUGUUUGUGUGUCUCAACAUUUUUUUUGUGCCAAAGAGAUUCUCGUGCUAACUUUUAAAGAGCCAGAGUUUGAGCUGCAUGCAUAUAUAUUCCAAGUGGGUGUCUGGGUUUUGUGUGACUUGCUCUUGUCUCAGUGUGUUUUAAAUUAUUGUGAAAUACCCUUCGGGUGUAUCUUUAUGCAUUUUUUGUUCUUCAUUUGAUAGCAAGCAUUUCCUCUUAUUUGAAAAGCAGGGUAUUAUUUGGCAAAGAAAAGGAAUAAUGCAUUUUUUUCAUUUUAAGUGCCAGUACUGUGUAUGUUGACAAGAAGUAAGAAUAAAGUCUAAAUGCAAUGAUUGUAUACUGUAGAUGCAUUGUGGUCUAGUAGCUAAGUCACUGAACAGGGUAAAGGGGUUGAAUCCCUGUUACAGCUCUAAUAUUCUAAGGCAAGACAUUAAUGUACUUUUGCCACGCUGUACCCAGGUGAGGUAAAUGGGUACCUGUUAGAAAUUGAUUCCUUCACAUGCUAGAGCCUCAUACUGACAACCAUGCUAAAUCUGUGGUAAUAAUUGUGAAGUGCCAUGUGAAUUGUGAGUGUUACGUCUGAUGUUACCACUUGACAUGAAGCCACUAUUAAUUGUUGUAUUUGUUGAUUGAUUACAAUUGUUUUCUAUACAAAUCACGUACAUUAAGAAAAUAUAUAAUAUUCUUGUAUCUGCACGAUGUAAAUAUACCAUGGCCCCACCCCUACCCAAAGAAGUGUGUUCUUGGAAACCUGAUGAUGCCCGGACUCGUGUGCUUAUUUUAAAAUCAACUGUGUUUCUAAGUCCGUAACUCACAGGAAAGAAUCCUGAAGUGAACUUGGUAGGAAUUUUCAACUGAUGCUAGUGUGUAUGCAAUGUGAAUGGUACAAUGGAGGCAAAUGACUAACUUAGUGCAGACUUGUAUCAAAUCACUCAACUUUGUUGUAGUCUUACUUUUUAAAUUUUCCCUUCAACAGAGAUGUGAAACUUUAAAGAAAUAUGUUACGACCUGACUGUAUGGAUAUUUUUUCUCUUUCACUCACUCUUUCUCUCUCUGUCUCUGUCCCUGUCACACACACAUUCUCUCUCUCUCUCUCUCUCUCUCUCUUACUCUCUCUCUCUCUAAUAUCCACAUCAUGUAGAAUGUAUAGAAUUUUAAUUUACAGCAAA